AUGAAUCCUAAUUGUCAAAGAGGAAAAUGUUGGUGCAUUUCCUUAAUGUUUUCCAUAGGGGAAAAUGAAGAAUACUAAUUAGCAUGGUGGAAAUGUUGCUACAUUUCCUUAUCCUCUCUCUAGAAAAUAGUGUUAUUACACAAUACUAGUUGGCUUGCACUCAUGGAUGAACACAAUCAUUCUCAAGUAUAGGUUCCAAGCAUUUCAAGUAGUAUGAUCAUUUCCAACUUCUUAUGUAGAAAACUCUAGCAAUCUUGAUGUCAUGCUUCAAUCAGUUUCUUCUUAAGCAAGGUAAAAGCCAGUUUGGCAUCUUAAAAAAGAGAAUAGUUAGUGUUGAAAAUCUUGAAUAAACCUCUAAUAAAAAGGGUUGCACGCCAAGAAAAAUCUUAGCUCAAUAAAUAUCAAGAAUUGGGUGGUCUAACUAGAAAUAAAUUCCAGUUUGAUUCUAUAUGUAUGGACUAUAUAAGCUUUGAAGAUUAGGCUGGAGAAAAGACUGUGAGUGACAUAGGCUUUUACUAAGUUGUCGUUUACACCUAGAACCUAGAUCUGAUUAUGUAAGAAAUUACAGAAAUGCUAAUCUUAAUUGUAACUUACAUAGUUAUGUUAAGACCAGGUCAUUCUCCACAAGGACUAAGUAUUAUCUAUCUAUUCUAUCAGGCUAAUGAUGAGAGAUAAGGACGAGAAUGGAUCAAAAGAUAAAAGAAGAAAUAAAAAAUUAAGGUUGGUACACCAACGUAGAGGAUUAAAGAAAAGAAAUUUUUAUGAAUCCUAACAAAGGAGGUAAAAUGAAAUCUCAAAAUAUAUUUAAUCAUACUUACCUAAAUCUACUUAGUGCUGCCUUGAGUUGAAGCUCAUUUUGAUCGUGUGUACUCACCUGAGAUCUUUGCUAGUCAUCAAGAUUAGGCUAUUUGGUCGGUGCAAAAGAGAAGGGACUUGAUCUAGGGGAAACUCCCAACACAAGGAUAGCCAACUCAGUCUCUAUUAAGCUAGGAGAAAAGAUGUAGAGUCUUACAACCAAUUCACGCUUCAGAUACAAGUCAAAUCGAGGAGAAGUGGAGGACAUCUUUGCUCCUUCUUCCCUUCUAGAUUAUAUCACAGGCCCCCCUCUCUCCUUCCCCCAUAUUCUCCUUUAAAAUGCCAACCAUUGAGAGGAACUCCAAUCACCUGGCCAUGAUUUAAGGGCUGGCAGCUAGAAUACUCCGAUCUACCAUUCAUUUCAUCUUUGCUUCCUGAUCUCUCUCAUCCAAGCAUGUCACAUGCAGACUCCUCAUUUCAUCUUGCGUCCUCUCCUCUUUUAUCUGAUUAGAUCUAGUCCACAUGCUAAAGAAAUAUCAUAAAAGUACUAGAAAUAUCUAAAAAAUCACAGGAAUUUAGCCUUUUGACUUGUAGAAAGCCAAAACUAGACUAACAAUGUCAUAAAAAUUUGGAAAAAUUCUAUAAAAUAGGAUUUUUUUUAUAAAAAUGCGUGGAAAUAGAAAAUAUGCAAUUAAAAUAUGGUAACAUCCUAACUUAUGCAUUCUAAAUUCAUAUAAAGAUGAUAAUUAACUCCCUUUUUAUUGAAUAAUUAGCAUGUUUAUCUGUGAGCUCAUGAUUAAAGAUAAUUGCACAUAGAUUCUCCAUGUCAUAUAAAUAACUUUGCCUGAAAUAAUAUUUAACAUUUUUACUAAUCAUUCUUAUUUUUAUUGAAAUGCCAAUUUUCAAAUGUACACGAUUCCAAUUUUACUUACUAUUUACACCAUUUUUAGUCAAAUAAUGUGUUUCGAUCAAUCUAAUAUGGUGUGGGCAUCAUAUUAGAUUAAAUUCUUUAUAUGUAAACGAGACACCUUGGUUCGUGGAUUUCUAUUUGGAUGAAGAAUAUGAUGUUUAAGUUCACAUAAAUGGAAAUAUUAGUUGGCAGUGCAGGUGAAAGCUAAUUAAAUGCGGUCCCCGAGAGCCGACUGAGAAGCAUCUAUAUUUUCGCCAUAAAUCUCCAUGGGAUUAUCCUACUUUCGGUCAGAGCAUACGAUGCUGUCCUAUCACAGCUUCGCCCUCUUAUUUGUCGAUGCGAUUAUCUCCAUGUGCGUCUGUCUACUUGGCACUACUCGUCAGGAUGAGUACAUAGUCCGUGCAGAUAUUUAUAAGGGGAGAGAGAGAGAGAUGAAACACAUCAUCUAAUUUAUGAAUUUAUUUCUGCUGUGCAGCUGGUAAACAUUAGGGGCAAUGUUCAGACGCGGUUGAGAAAACUUAGUGAAGGGGAGGUCCAUGCAACUCUGUUGGCCUUGGCCGGACUGAAGCGCGGCUUAAUAUGACUGAGAAUGUCACCUCUAUUCUGUCUACAGAGGAAAUGCUCCCAGCGAUUGCACAAGGUGCAAUUGGUAUUGCUUGCAGAGGCGAUGAUGAUAGCAUGGUAUGACAAUAUUAUACCUUGCUUAAACAAUUUCUCUUUCGUUUAUUAUGGUGGUUUGUUUGAUAAUUGUCUCGCUUUCUGGCCAUUUUCUGCCAUGUGGAUGAUCUGGUAUCUAGGAAUUUAAUAUAGUUUCUCUCCCAACGCUCAAAUUCUGGAGGAACAAUUGGAUUACCGAUGACCAAUAUGGUCUCCAGUAUGGGGAAAAAUAUAGGAGAAAUUACAUGAACAAGGCCAAAUGGUCCAGGGAUGGUUGAUUAGUACUCCAAAGAAUUUGAGGAGUGUUCUGUCAUCAUCUUACCAGAAGAACUUGGACAUAUACUUUUGCCCAGAUGAUGAUUUUUUUAGUCCAAUGUAUGGAAUCAUUUGUGUUAGGAAACGAAUUGGAUUAUCCAACUAUGGGCUGAUUCACGAUGAAUCUAUCUUAAGUUUGACUAUUUUUGUAGGAUGUUACGUGCAUGUCUUGGGGGAUCGGAAUUCCCAUCUAAGAUUUAAUUGAGGAAUACAGAAUUCCUCUCUGUAUCCACUGAUUCAUCAUUUCGUGGGUUCAAUGACUUUCAUUUGAUGAGUUAGAAAUAUUUUCUGACCAGAGUGCUGGCGAUCCUUCUCCCAUUAUUCCUCCUCUACAUGUUGUACCGCCCUGAAAAUUCUUCUCGUCUCCUAUUUUUAUUAUUCAAAGCACGCACUCUGGUGUGUCAUUUGAUGGAGGUCUGAACGUGUUUGCUGCAGAUUAAUUAUAUUGCCUCAUUGAACCAUGAGGAGACCCGAUUAGCUGUGGCCUGCGAGAGGGCGUUCCUCACAGAACUGGACGGUUCUUGCCGCACUCCAAUUGCUGGGUAUGCUUACAAGGACGCUGAGGGAUACUGCGUCUUCAGAGGCCUGGUUGCUUCACCGGACGGAACCCGGGGUAAUUAAAUCACGUGACUAUGUAACAAUUUAACCAGGUUUUCAUCUUGGAUCUGGGAAAUUAUAUAUCACUCCUUCUCAUGUUGGCCCCCCCUACUGUUUCUAUUUUCAGUGCUUGAAACCUCGAGGAGAGGUCCUUAUUCUCUUGAUGAUAUGCUUUUGAUGGGCAAAGAUGCUGGGAAGGAGUUGAUUGCCACCGGCGGUCCUGAUUUCUUCAGGUGGUAG